AAUUCACUUGCUAAUGUGAAUGAAACCCGUAUUUUAUUGCAGCAUAAUUUAGCACGCCAUACAUUGUGUUGUAAUGGAGUGCUCCAUGAUGUAGCGUCCGGGGAUAUUGUUGCAGUGCGUAUGUGGUGGAUAAAUACGCCUUAAAAUAUCGCUACGUUAUUCACCUGGCAAGUACAGCACAGCAAAAAUGAACAAGCCGCUGUAUGUGAGCCUUGCAGCAGCACCCAGAAGUGAACAAAGCGACCCGGAAGCGGUGGUCCGACUGGAGGCAGACAGAACAUCAACCUUUUAUAUUAUAGCUGUUCUCGCAAGACAAUAUCUGCAGCCAGGACACAAGGAUGGCAGAGCCUCGAUUUAACAACCCCUAUUUUUGGCCACCACCUCCCUCCAUGCCAGGCCAGCUGGAUAACCUGGUCCUCAUUAACAAGAUCAAGGAGCAGCUGAUGGCGGAGAAGAUUAGACCUCUGCACCUGCCGCCUACCUCCACCCCGUCCCAGCAGUCGCUGCUGGUGCCCACCUCGUCGCCGGACGGCGGCGCUCCGCACGGCAUGCCGGUCCCAAAGCCUCAGUCGCAGCAGGUGCCGGCCCACCACUCGCAGCCGCAGGGCUCCGGGCAGCCAGACAUCGCUCUGCAUGCUCGUCCCGCCUCCGGCUCUGGGCCAGAUGGAAAUCUGGAUGACAAGUCAUCGGUAAAGGCCAAAGGAUUGUGGGAGGACUGGCACAUGAGACAGCUCACCGAGCAAUCGGGCCGGAUCAACCAUCGUUCAGGCCUGGCUCCUUCAUCUCGACCCGACAACCACAGCACCUCGGAGGCCCUGACCCCCACCACCCUGACCUCGAGCAGCCAGAACCGAAUGGGCGGGGCUCCUUCUGUGAACAUCAUCUCCGGACUGGCGAGCGGUCCCGGCAUGGACCACAUGAAGGGCGGACUGGCCGGACUCCUGGGCCCUCCGCCCAAAGCACCUCGGGGGAGGAAGAAGAUAAAAGCGGAAAACACAACCGGGCCUCUUCUGGUCGUGCCCUACCCCAUCCUGGCCGACCAGGGCUGCGUCACUGUGGCACCUAAAGAGGGCAAAACCUACAGAUGCAAAGUCUGCCCGCUCACCUUCUUAACCAAGUCAGAGAUGCAGAUUCAUUCCAAGUCCCACACAGAGGCCAAGCCACACAAGUGUCCCCACUGCUCCAAGACAUUCGCCAACGCCUCCUACCUUUCCCAGCACCUGCGCAUCCACCUGGGGAUCAAGCCCUACCACUGCUCCUACUGCGAGAACUCGUUCCGCCAGCUGUCGCACCUGCAGCAACACACCAGAAUCCAUACUGGCGACCGGCCUUACAAAUGUGCUCAUCCUGGAUGUGAAAAAGCUUUUACUCAGCUGUCUAACCUUCAGUCUCACCAGAGGCAGCACAACAAAGACAAGCCGUACAAAUGUCCCAACUGCUACCGUGCCUACUCAGACUCCGCAUCGUUGCAGAUCCACUUGUCGGCGCACGCCAUCAAAAACGCUAAGGCCUACUGCUGCAGCAUGUGCGGCCGGGCAUACACCUCAGAGACCUACCUUAUGAAGCACAUGUCCAAACACACAGUCGUGGAGCACCUAGUGAGCCACCAAUCGCCGCAGAGGACCGAGUCCCCGGGCAUCCCCAUCCGGAUCUCCCUCAUCUGAGCUCGGCGGGCGUCCAGCAGCAGGAUUUCUCGGUCUGGGUCGGGCCGGACGUCCGGAGGCCCUGCACCCCACGUUCACCUACAUAAGGCUUACAUUAGCGUUGUGACAGCUGACACAAGCAUUCGGUGUUAAGAUUCAGUAAACGGACUGCCUCCAUCCGUCUCCACCUGGGCUGUCUGGCGGUAAAAAAAAGAAAACAACUAAAUUAUAUAUAUAUAUAUAUAUAUAUAUAUAUAUAAACAAAUCAAAUCAAAUAAGAGCACAGCGUUGUUUCGUGAAUGUAACAGUACAGCUUGACGUUGAGCCGGCGGUCCGAGCGGCAGAGAAUGUCUUGCGUCAGAUUCAGUAAGCACUUUGGUAAGCAUCAUGUAAACCGUUGGAUGCAUUGGCCUGUUAAAUAUAUUUUAGAUACUUUUUUUUUUUUUUACCCCAUUCAGUUUAAUUAUUUUGUCCCCGCCCCCUUUUCCAUAAAAUGGGUUUUCAAAACUUGGCCUUUUUAAAGUAUUGAGAGAGGAUGUAUGUGGGUGGGGGGGUGAAAAAAAAUGUUUGCUGGGUGUAUUUGGAAAACAUCCAAAGAUGAUCUUAAAGCACUUUUUGGCACUGUGGUUUUGGCUCAAACUGUUUCAAUCAAGUUGGAAGGAAAAUGCCAAAAAAAAAAAAAAAAA